CGCGUCGUCCGCUCGUCGUCGCUUCCAUUGCUCGGCCUUCGCGUUCAACUUUGGUGCGCAGUGCUUUGGUGUGAGUUUGGUGUUUUAUAUUUAACCAGGAGACCAAAAUGUCCUCCAUCACGUCUCCAAACAUCCAGUUCAAAUGGGAUCCGAAAACCCUCGAAAUUCGCACCCUCUCGGUGGAAAAGACCUUGGAACCAUUAGUGCAGCAGGUGACUACUUUGGUGAAUAUCAACAGCAAGGGACCAUCCAACAAGAAAAAAGGGCGCUCCAAGAAGGCCCAUGUGCUCAGUGCUUCAGUGGAAAAGGCCACACAAAACUUUAUUGACAAGGGAGACCAGAUUGCCCGUGAAAGUGAAUAUCUCAAGGAUGAACUUAUGGAUGCAGUUGAUCAAGUCCGCACCCAGGGCGAGACCAUGCGUUCGGCAGCCGGGGAGUUUGCUGAUGACCCGUGCUCGUCAAUGAAGCGUGGGGCGAUGGUGCGGGCCGCUCGUGCCCUGCUCACGGCUGUGACUCGCCUGCUCAUCCUCGCUGACAUGGCCGACGUUAUGAAGCUCCUGCGACACCUGCGCAUCGUUGAAGAAACCCUGGAGAAAGUGCGCAUGGCUGGAAGUCAACAGGAGCUUGCCAACACUUUUAAGAAAUUUGGCCAGGAGAUGGUGACUCUAAACCAUCUGGCAGCCAGACGACAGCAGGACCUCAAGGACCCACGCCUGCGUGAUGAGAUGGCAGCAGCACGCGGAAGCCUGAAGAAGAAUGCUACCAUGCUGUACACGGCUUCACAGGCCUUCCUCAACCACCCAGAUGUGGCGGCCACCAAGGCCAACAGAGACUACGUCUACAAACAGGUCCAGGAGGCCAUUGCCAGCAUCUCCAAUGCUGCUCAGGCAACUUCCGUGCCCAGCCGCACGCAGGCCGCAGACAAUGUGGGCGAGCUGGCUGCUGCCCUAAAUGACUUUGAUACCAAGAUUGUGCUGGAUCCCAAUACCUACAAUGAGGCCCGUAUGCGUCCAUCGUUGGAGGAGCGUCUGGAGAGCAUCAUCAGUGGAGCAGCUCUGAUGGCAGACUCCUCCUGCACCCGUGAUGAUCGACGCGAAAGAAUUGUGGCCGAGUGCAACUCUGUGCGUCAGGCCCUGCAGGACCUUCUGACCGAGUACAUGAACAAUGCUGGUCGCAAAGAGCCCACUGAUGUACUCAAUGUGGCAAUCGACAGAAUGUGUCAGAAGACACGAGACCUUCGCAGACAGCUGCGUAAAGCUGUGAUGGACCACAUUUCUGAUUCCUUCCUGGAGACCACAGUGCCCCUUCUUGUGCUGAUUGAGGCAGCCAAAAAGGGAAAUGAAAAAGAAGUGAAGGAGUAUGCCCAAGUGUUCCGUGAGCAUGCCAACAAACUGGUGGAGGUGGCCAAUCUCGCCUGCUCCCUGUCCAGCAAUGAGGAAGGAGUGAAACUUGUCCGCAUGGCAGCACAGCAAAUCGAGACAUUGUGCCCUCAGGUCAUUAAUGCCGCACUGACUCUGGCUGCCAAGCCCAAUAGCAAGAUAGCUCAAGAUAACAUGGAUGUGUUUAAGGAGACUUGGGAAAACCAAGUUCGACUCCUCACCGAAGCGGUAGAUGACAUUACCAGCAUUGAUGACUUCUUGGCAGUCUCUGAGAACCACAUCCUAGAGGAUGUGAAUAAAUGCGUGAUGGCACUGCAGGAGGGCGAUGUGGAUGCCUUGGACCGCACAGCUGGUGCCAUUCGUGGCCGCGCUGCACGUGUGGUUCAUGUGGUCAAUGGAGAAAUGGAAAAUUACGAACCGGGUAUCUACACUGAGAAGGUGCUCGAGAGCACCACCAUGUUGGCCGACAGCGUGAUGCCAAGAUUUGCGGAGCAAGUGGAAAAUGCAAUAGAUGCUCUAAGUUCAAACCCUUCAAGGCCCGUGGAUGAAAAUGAGUUCAUCGAUGCUUCUCGUCUGGUGUAUGAUGGAAUACGUGAUAUCAGGAAGGCUGUGCUUAUGAUUAGGACUCCUGAUGAACUGGAUGACUCUGACAUGGAGGAUGAAACGGAAGUCCGCAGCUAUACGAGUGUGAAGACUGAGAAUGAUCAGAUCAUUGAAGGGAGUGCUCGGGCCCUCAUGGCUCAGCUGCCCCAAGAGGAGAAGGCCAAGAUUGCUGAGCAAGUGGAACGCUUCCAGGAGGAGAAGAGCAAGCUGGAUGCCGAGGUGGCCAAGUGGGACGACAGUGGCAAUGACAUAAUUGUCCUCUCGAAGCAGAUGUGUAUGAUCAUGAUGGAAAUGACUGACUUCACCAGAGGCAAAGGGCCACUGAAGAAUACAUCCAAUGUCAUUAAUGCUGCCAAAAAGAUUGCAGACUUGGGCUCUAAGAUGGACAAACUUGCUCGUGUUAUUGCUGACCAGUGUCCAGAUUCAGCUUCAAAGCAGGAUCUUCUGGCCUACUUGCAGCGCAUUGCCCUGUACUGCCACCAGCUGAAUAUCUGCAGCAAAGUAAAAGCUGAAGUUCAAAACAUCAGUGGAGAAGUUGUUGUUUCUGGGCUGGACAGCGCAACAUCUCUGAUUCAGGCAGCCAAGAACCUGAUGAACGCUGUUGUACUGACUGUCAAGGCCUCCUACGUGGCAUCCAGCAAGUUCCAUAAGGUGCAGCACACCAACAUCAACUCGCCGGUUGUGUCCUGGAAGAUGAAAGCACCCGAGAAGAAGCCGCUUGUGAAGCGCGAGCGGGGUGAUGACGUCAGCUCGCACGUCCGUCGGGGCUCGCAGAAGAAGCAUAUCUCGCCGGUCCAAGCCCUCAGUGAAUUUAAGGGAAGAGAAACGUACUAGUGUGGCAACAGCGUGGAAAGUUUUCUCCCCUGUUUGAAUGACUUGGCUGUGGUGUGUAGGUUAGGUUGUUAGCAAACUUGUACAUACAAGUUUUUUUUUGUGUUCGCAAACUUGUGAGUACAAGUUUAGUUCAAGAUGAUUUUUCAUGGCUUCAAAAAACAUUUUCUCAUGUGGGAUAUAAAUCAUUUUUAGUGGCUUGACAUGUUGAAGCUAUUAAUUUUACCAAGAUAAGUGAAAUUAUUUUACUCGGUGGUUUAAUAAAACGGUUACUAUUGUUUAUCAUUGCAAACAUCUUUUCUACUUUAGUUUUGGUUUAGAUUGGGUCACCUUAACCUAAAUGUGUCUUGUAUAUUGUAUGUGAUUUUUUUUAAGUGGGUGAAUUUUAUUGGUACCCAUGGCAUGAGUCAUUUUACUACAUUAGCUUUGAAAAUGUCACAAAUCAGAAAUGUUCGUGUUAAUGGCCAUUUUAACCCAUUUUAUACAUCCAGAUUAAUUUAUAUUCUAUGAUUUACAUUUUUAGUAAUAUAUAAUAUGCCAAAUUCAGAAAAUUGUUAGUUCUUUAGGUACCAAUAAAAUAUUGCCUGGAUGGUUUGCAGUAAAGUUUCUACUCAAUCCUAUACAGCUUGUUUUAAAGAAAUAUGAUACUAACAAAAGUAAAAGUGAGUACUUAAAGGAAUUACAUUUCCAGGCAUCUUAAUUUCUUUAGGAGUGCUCUCGGUUAUUUCAUAUUGCUAGAAAUAGAUUGGUUUAAUGUGGUUCAUUAAUGUCCAGGUAAUGACUACGCUUGCUAUGAGUUACAAAUCUGUUAUAAAUGGCUAAUGCUGGUAUGUUUUCAUAUGGAUAAAAUGCACAUAGCAUCCAGUGCAAAGGGAUUUUUUGUGCAAAUAGAUUUUGAAGUAUUCAUAGUUUGGCCGAUUUGAACACUGCAUAAAACAAAUAAGGUUAAUGCCCUUUCAUAUCAAUGAAUGCAAAGUAAAACGAAUCAAAGCACAGUGUUUAACCAUUCGGUCUCUGAUGCAUUUAAUGUUUAGUUAUGAAAUCGGCUCAAAUCUAACAAUAUAUCAAUAGUUACAAUUCCUUUAAGUUUUAUACUGAUACACUUCAAGUACAUCAAGUGAAGGUUUUUUUAAUACUGUAGUUUAAUAUUUUGAAGAUUUUGGUUUAGGUUUCAUUAACAGUACUUUUAACAGUACAAUUGUGUUUAUCAACCUAUUAACAUAGUGCUUUGGUUUUUAAAGUAAUGUUUAGGUUUUGAGCUUUUUCUAAUAAUUUGAUGCAUUUUUCUGAUUAAAUUCAUUUUCAUUUUAUACUGUAUGCAAAUAGCUGCCAAUAGAUAAAAAAAAGUUAUACUGGAAAAUAGGAGUUCAUUCAUAUUUUGUAUCUGGUAUUUUAAAGUGUAACAAAGGAAGUUAUGUGGUAUUUAUGCAAUCCUAAAAUAUAAUCUUCAUCUACCGACUGUGCUUUAAAAGAAAAAAAACCUUAAAAUUUCUUAUUUUCCACAUAGAUAUAAAAUAACUACAGUAACUAAGUAUAGUGAAAUGUCUUGUAAUUAUUAUGGUGCAUGGUUAUAGUGGUAGAGUUGCAGUGAGCAGGUGUUGUGUUUUUUAUUCAGCAUUAGUAUUUUUGAUUUAUUUGCUUUUUAAGUGCAUGUUCUGUAGUGUUAGAAAUGUCUUAUUUUACCUUACUGCUAUGUAAUGAAUAAUCACCAAUAAAGUUUUAAGAUGGGCUAAACGA